UUGGAGGAAGGUUUAGAAGGAUCAAGCUUGAAAAAACUUCUUGGGAUCCCACUGAAUACAUACUUCCGAUCGCUCAUUACGGAGACCAAUACUGUCAGGCCAACGCCUAUAACUAUCUUCAUGAGACUGGACUCGGGCAACUUAAAAGUGCCAUGUCAGGACUGCCUUAAAAUUAAUUUCCAUAACACAUAAAUACAUAAUACAGGUAACUAUAACUCAAUAUUGCAGCCAUGGAGUCCAUGCUUAAUAAGUUAAAGAGUACCGUUACAAAAGUAACAGCUGAUGUCACUAGUGCUGUAAUGGGAAAUCCUGUCACUAGAGAAUUUGAUGUUGGUCGACAUAUUGCCAGUGGUGGCAAUGGGCUAGCUUGGAAAAUUUUCAAUGGCACAAAAAAAUCGACAAAACAGGAAGUAGCUGUUUUUGUCUUUGAUAAAAAGCUGAUUGACAAAUAUCAGAAGUUUGAAAAAGAUCAAAUCAUCGAUUCUCUAAAACGAGGAGUCCAACAGUUAACUCGACUACGACACCCUCGACUUCUUACUGUCCAGCAUCCUUUAGAAGAAUCCAGAGAUUGCUUGGCGUUUUGUACAGAACCAGUUUUUGCCAGUUUAGCCAAUGUUUUAGGUAAUUGGGAAAAUCUACCUUCUCCUGUAUCUCCAGACAUUAAGGAGUAUAACCUUUAUGAUGUAGAAACUAAAUAUGGUUUGCUUCAGGUUUCAGAAGGAUUGUCAUUUUUACAUAGCAGUGUGAAAAUGGUCCAUGGAAAUAUUACACCUGAAAAUAUAAUUUUGAAUAAAAGUGGAGCCUGGAAAAUAAUGGGCUUUGAUUUUUGUGUAUCAUCAACCAAUCCUUCUGAACAAGAGCCUAAGUUUCCUUGUAAAGAAUGGGACCCAAAUUUACCAUCAUUGUGUCUUCCAAAUCCUGAAUAUUUGGCUCCUGAAUACAUACUUUCAGUGAGCUGUGAAACAGCCAGUGAUAUGUACUCACUAGGAACAGUCAUGUAUGCUGUAUUUAAUAAAGGAAAACCCAUAUUUGAAGUUAACAAGCAAGAUAUUUACAAGAGUUUUAGUAGGCAGUUGGAUCAGUUGAGUCGUUUAGGAUCUAGUUCACUUUCAAAUAUACCUGAGGAAGUCCGUGAGCAUGUAAAACUGCUGUUAAAUGUAACUCCAACUGUAAGACCAGAUGCAGAUCAAAUGACAAAGAUUCCUUUCUUCGAUGAUGUUGGUGCAGUAACGCUGCAGUAUUUUGAUACCUUAUUCCAAAGAGAUAAUCUUCAGAAAUCACAGUUUUUCAAAGGACUCCCAAAAGUUCUACCAAAAAUGCCCAAGCGUGUCAUUGUGCAGAGAAUUUUGCCUUGUUUGACUUCAGAAUUUGUAAACCCUGACAUGGUACCUUUUGUUUUGCCCAAUGUUCUACUGAUUGCCGAAGAAUGCACCAAAGAAGAAUAUGUCAAAUUAAUUCUACCUGAACUUGGUCCUGUCUUUAAACAGCAGGAGCCAAUCCAGAUUUUGUUAAUUUUCUUACAAAAAAUGGAUUUGCUACUAACCAAAACUCCUCCUGAUGAGAUUAAGAACAGUGUCCUACCAAUGGUUUACAGAGCACUAGAGGCUCCUUCCAUUCAAAUUCAGGAACUCUGUUUAAACAUCAUUCCAACCUUUGCGAAUCUUAUAGACUACCCAUCCAUGAAAAAUGCUUUGAUUCCAAGAAUUAAAAAUGCAUGUCUACAAACGUCUUCUCUUGCUGUUCGUGUAAAUUCAUUAGUGUGCUUAGGAAAGAUUUUGGAAUACUUGGAUAAGUGGUUUGUACUUGAUGAUAUCCUGCCCUUCUUACAACAGAUUCCAUCCAAGGAACCUGCAGUCCUCAUGGGAAUUUUAGGUAUUUACAAAUGUACUUUUACUCAUAAGAAGUUGGGAAUCACCAAAGAACAGUUGGCUGGAAAAGUAUUGCCUCAUCUGAUUCCCCUGAGUAUUGAAAAUAAUCUUAAUCUCAAUCAGUUCAAUUCUUUCAUUUCCGUCAUAAAAGAGAUGCUUAACAGAUUGGAAUCUGAACAUAAGACUAAACUGGAGCAACUACAUAUAAUGCAAGAACAGCAGAAAUCUUUGGAUAUAGGAAAUCAAAUGAAUGCUUCUGAGGAGACAAAGGUUACAAAUGUUGGGUCUCAGCAUAUCGACAAAGUCUUUAACAACAUUGGAGCAGACUUUCUGACUGGUGGUGAAUCGGAAAAUAAGGAAGAUGGGUUACAGAAUAAGCAUAAAAGAGCAUCACUUACACUUGAAGAAAAACAAAAAUUAGCAAAAGAACAGGAGCAGGCACAGAAGUUGAAAAGCCAGCAGCCUCUGAAACCCCAAGUACACACACCUGUUGCUCCAGUCAAACAGACUAAGGACUUGACAGACACAUUGAUGGAUAACAUGUCAUCUUUGACCAGCCUUUCUGUUAGUACCCCUAAAAUUUCUGCUUCAAGUACCUUCACUUCCGUUCCUUCCAUGGGCCUUGGCAUGAUGUUUUCUACACCGAUUGAUAAUACCAAGAGAAAUUUGACCAACGGCCUAAAUGCUAACAUGGGCUUUCAGACCUCAGGAUUCAACAUGCCAGUUAAUACGAACCAGAACUUAUUCAGUAGUCCAAGCACACCUGGAGUGACCAAGAUGACACUGGGGGCACCUUCCACUUUGCCAAACUUCAGUGCUGUGAGUGUUCCUCCUGCUGGUGCAAAGCCGACUCAACAAAGACCCACAGAUAUGUCUGCUCUUAAUAAUCUCUUUGGCCCUCAGAAACCCAAAGUUAGCAUGAACCAGUUGUCACAACAGAAACCAAAUCAGUGGCUCAAUCAGUUUGUACCUCCACAAGGGUCUCCGGGUAUGGGCAGUUCAGUUAUGGGAACACAGAUGAAUGUGAUAGGACAGUCUGCCUUUGGUGUACAGGCUAAUCCUUUCUUUAACCCACAGAACUUUGCACAGCCACCAACCACUAUGACCAACAGCAGUUCAGCUAGCAAUGAUUUAAAAGAUCUCUUUGGGUGAGAUGUCUUGCUCUAUUUUUGAAGAAUUGCUUCAAUUUUAAUCAUGAGUGAACUGAUUUACAUCUUUAUAUAGUUGGCUUGGAGGAAGUACUUCAAUUGGGAAGUGAAUGGUUCUGUGACAGAGAACACCUUGUUUCCACGCCAGCAUAGUAGUUGUAUGGACUCCUCUAACAGUUGAGUUUUUAAAAGCAUUGAGGAUUUUUUUCCUCUUACCACCUCUUCUUCAAGUUUUUAAAAGACCCAACCCUUACCAGUCUCAAAGAGAAAAAGAUACCCGAGUAUCCUGAAUAGCAGAAUUUUUUAAUCAAAUGUUUAUUUUAGCUUGUACAUUUUGGUUUAUUUAAAAUAUUGAGUUGAUGGUUAAUGUAAGUUUCAUAUGUUAAAUACUACAUGGUACACAGUCUGCCUUCACACGUCAUUUGUCUUCAUUUUAAUGUGUGAAAAAUCUUGAUGCUCUCUUGAUUUGUUUGCAUUUAGUAUGACAGUGAGAUAAUGAUUAACUUAAUGAAAAAGAUCAGGUCACUUGCUUUUUUCCAAUCUUAUUUACUUCUCUGAUGAACUAAUGUUCAGUGCAAAAGACUGAGCAAAUAUUACAAAAUUUUACUUAAUGUUGAUUUCAUUGGUUCAAACUAAAGGCAUUAUUAACCAUCUUAAAUGCAAACUAAUCAUUGUAAAUUAUAUUUUAGCAUGGUCUGCCUCAAAUAGUAAUGUAUUUUUCUGCAUUUACUUGGAUAUAUUUAGAAUCACUUUCUUUCCUACUGUAUCACAGAAAGAGUAUGUACUGAUUUGUACAGACCUUUGACAAAGCCCUCUGACGUGAUUUCCCUGACUCUUGCCUUCAUAUUUCAUUUUGAAUUCAAACUUCGGAGGUUGCAGCAUAUAUGAAUUGCAUUUUCAAAAGGAUAUUUGUAAGAAACUAUAUUUAAUGAGUAAACUUUUGAGAUUUCUGCUGUAUUGUUUCAAAUGUAAUAAACUUUACUUCUCUAAAAAUGAGCAGUUGUAUCUUCUCGCUACCAACAGAUUAAUUUUCAGCCUACUGUGAUAAGGUCUGACCUCAUCAAUUACUGUAACUAAAGUUGAAUUGUUUUCUAGAAAUUUUAGGAACCUUUUGUUUGAACAUUUUUAUGUCCACAAGUAGCCAUUUUUAGGAACAAAAGACAAAAUUCUUCCAACAGGAAACAUGCUUUAUUUUUUCAAGCCUUUCUCUGAUACUUUUCUUUGAUGUGCUGAUUGUUCAACCACAGAGCCUUAUGCUGUAAAUGUAAUUUGUAUUUUGUUUAAAUUAUAUUCCACCAUUUAUGUGAUAACUUAAAAAUGAUCUUUCAGAGAACUAUAUAAUGCGUUAUAGUUGCUACCGUAGUUUGUGGUUUUUAAUUCUCUGAAACCAGCAAUCAUUUAAAAUAAAUCAUAUUGAAGUUUAGUGUGUCAUUGGAAUAUAUAUGUACACACACACUAAAUAUAGACAUUGAAAAUACAUUACUUGGUUAUAAAAUGUAAUUUGAUGAUAGCAUUACUGGCAAUAUUCAGUAAAGGGGUACUUUAAAGAAUAAAAGGUCAGCUUUACAUCUGGUUUCUGUAUCAGCUGUACUUUGUUGUUACAUGGUUUUAGAGAAAAAGAUUCAUAGGAAUGUUGAAGAAGUAUAUCCAAGCAAGGAAGAUCAAAUGUUUUUGUCAAAUAUGUUCCACACCCUGACCAGAUUACCUGUCUUGUUUAUAACACGAUACCAAUAUUUCUCUUAGGGAAAGUUUGCAUAUGGAAUAAAUGCUUAAUGUAAGUUGAAGAAUUUCUUAGUAACAAUUUAGUAACUGUUUAUUAGGAAAUUGCUUUUUUUGUUAAAAUAACUUGAUGUCAGUGUUGAACUCCUAAUUAGAAGGACAACUGAAUAUACCAACAUAUGAUUUGAACUCCUAAAUAUAAAGAUAGAUUAUUUGGAAAAAUAUAUAAGUCUUAGGUAAUUUUUACACCUUGAAAUUUGCUCAUUCAUGAGGUAAUGGUGCUACAUUUUUAGAAAUUUUUUCCUUCACUUUUUCUGUUUUCUUGAAGGUGUUUUAUCUAAAUCAUUUCCAUCAAUUGAACUGUUACCAUUGCCUAUUGAGAAAUUCCAUCUGAGAGGCCCCCGGCUGGUUCAGUCAGUAGAGCAUGCAACUCUCUUGGUCUCAGGGUUGUGAGUUUGAGCCCCACAUUGGGCAUAAAGCUUAUUUUAAAAAAAGAAAGAGAGAAAUUACAUCUGAAAUAUAGUGCCAUUUUUAGGCUUGUAUUUCUAUGUGAACAGCAUUUUCAAAAUACUAGAUCACUUUAAAAUUAUUUUAGCUACUGAUGACAUACAUAUCCCUUGUGCUUAGAGUAGAAAGUUGGUGGGUUAAAAAGUACCUGUCGACAAAAAUUGCAAGAAAGAUUUCCUUUAUUUGAAUUGGUUCCUUAUUCUCCUAAUGCUAAAAUGUGUGAAUAUGGAGAAGAUGUAUAAACAGAGAUCGAAAUAGACUGUGUACUUGGCUGGUUUUUGUUUUUGUUUUGGAAUGCUUAUAAUUCUUUUCACUUGAACAAGUUGAGGAAGUAGGUUUUUGUUUUUUUUUAAUGUGUAAAAUACCUCACAUGGUUGCUUUUUACAAGAUUCAAAGAAAAGGUAUAUGUGAAAAUAUCGGCUAGCAAGCACAGAGUAUGCACCAAAUAAAUUUUAGCUUUGAUAAAAAUCUCCAUA